CAUGCACUCGCCUUAGCAUUCUGUACAUUCCUUCCACACACACACAGCAUCACUACUGGCCUUGGGCUCUUCCUCGUCCAUUGCGUGGCCAAGUCCGUAUUCCUAUACCCUUGUAAUCAGGCCUACUCGCCCUCUCAGACAAACCCGCCAUGUCUGGCCCAUCGUCAGCCAUGGCUCCCCCACCCGCCCCACUCCAGACACCUCGAAGACCUACCACUUCCUCCUCUUCUCUCACCCCCUUCAAGACCCCUCUCCGUACUCCAGGCGAACAGACCUCGCACACUCCCGUGGUCAAUUUCGAUCUAAUCGAGUACCAAAAGGAGAAUGUUCAACCCUCUUCACGGGGGCGCUCUGCCCAUUCCCUCUCCCAAACACUUGGAAUGAAACACAAGGAGCGGGCCGAGGACUUAGCAGCUAAGCGGCGGGAGUUUGAGGCAAAAGUAGUGCCGGAGAAAUUGGAAGAGAGUGAUGACCCCCUGGUGGUGUGGGAGGACUACGUCGAGUGGGUCACAGAGAGCUACCCCUCUGGUGGUACAUCUGCAGAUUCGGGACUGGUGCCACUACUGGAGAGGGCGACGCGUUCGCUCAAGGAUGAUGAGCGGUACAGAAAUUCGUAUAGAUACCUCAGGCUGUGGCUCAUCUACUCCAGGAACGUCGAGUCGGCGGAGCUUGUGCUCAACUGGUUGCUGGCAAAUGAUGUUGGAACAAAGUGCGCAGCGCUUUACGAGGAGGCGGCUAGCUUGGCAGAGUCCAAGAGACUUUACGAAUCAGCAGACUCCCUUUAUCGCCUGGGAGUCUCGCGCUCAGCAACACCUCUCCCCCGCCUCAAGCGCAAGUACGAAGAGUACAAGGCGCGCAUCCUUCGCAAUCAAUCUGCACCGGGGUCUUCUUCCGACAUUGACUCUGCCUCUGGCCUCACAUAUACCCAAGCGCUGGAGCGAGCCAUGCGAGAGAGUCGACGAGUAAUGCUGGGAAGUAAAGACGAGAAGGCAGGAAGGAGUCUUAGCGCGAACGCCGUCAGAGGCAAUGGUCAUUCGGCUGGACUCGCGUUGGGACCCAAAAUCGGCGGUCUUGCCAACAAUGGUCGGAAGCUGGGCGUCUUCAAAGACGCAGACGGAUCACGCGGAGAGUAUGCCAAGGGUCCCGAGAUGGGCGAGCUAGGAAGCAGAGAUGCUCGUCGACAGGAGAAUGUCAAGGAAGCCAAGCCCUGGAAGGGCGAGCGACUCCUUCAGAAGAUUACCACCACCCCUUCCAACGCUGGCAAGGCGCCCAUCAAGAUCUUUGCUGACUCGGACGAGGAAGAUGAGCAGCCUACGCGCACUCCGAAGAAGGACUCAAAUGUAUUCAACUCCAAGCCCGCUGCGGCUUCGCAGUGUCCCGAGUCAGACCUGCUGAAGCGCAACCCAUUCGCUCUCUGGGGUCAAGAAGUUCAGAAGUCGGCAGAGACCUUGCGAGGGGUAGAGCUAGGGGACGUGACGAAGCUGGGGGUGACUCGUGAGCCAGAGAAGCGCACUGCCCUCUCCUCAUCAAAAUCUUCUACUACAUCUAAUGGCAGCGGUAGCAGCAGCAGCAAAGACAAGAAGAUUCUCAAGUCGUCCAAGACCUCGUCUCGAGCAGCGGAAUCUUCUGCCAGCUCUUCGACGAAGCGCCCCGAGCGCUUGGCAGUGCCGGAAGCCCUGCUCUACCCUGGCAUGGACAUCGGCACGGCAACGUCUUCAACAUCUACUUCGAGAUCUGCCGAGCGCAGCAUGGACGAGGUGAAAGCCAUGCAACAAAAGUGGCCUCUGAACAUCGAUGGAGACGAAGCGGAAGACCCGUGGAGCUAUCUCGAUACGCCUGCACUUCAGGCUGCCGAAGAGCAAGAGGAGGCACAGCAAGACGACGAGAGUCUCCCUCUCGAAGGCAGUUCAACCCCUGUCCAGGCCUCGCCGGUCAGGCGAGAGGCCUCCCCAAGCCCUCAGCAGGAGUCCUUUGUGUCUGAGAAGCGAAGCAAGAAGAAUCCGAACAUGACGCUCAUUGGUGCAAGAGAGCCCACAGUCACUGCCUUCACACGCGAGGCGAAUCGAGCUGCGCUUGAGCUGAUCAAUGGGCCUGGAUCAGACGACGAUGAGUCUGACUCGGAGGAGCCCGAGUCGGAAGAUGAGGACGACGAAGACGAGUACAUUCCAAGGGGUGGUGUACCACCUACUCCGACUCCCCUGCAACGCGGUGGAGCUAGCGGAAACUUGGGCUUCACGGCACCGCCCGUCGCGCCUCCUCGCGUCGUCAGCGAUGAGAACGCCAUCGUACAAGCGACACCUCUUCGAGCCGCUCCUGCACCUAGCCGAGGCUUUGCCGCCAACGCUCGAGGCGGGCUCGUAGGGGGAGGCAAUGCUCUGCCAGCUGCUACUCCUCUCCGCAAGCCACUGGCCGGUUUGGGUGUUGCCGCGAAAAGGAACAUCUUCGUUGAAGAGGAGGAGGAAGAAGAGGAGGACAACCGCGACGAACAGCCACUUGCUGCUGGCCCGCGAGCAGGAGCGAAGCGCAUUCUACCUGCCAUUGCAGCUGAUGACGAAGACGAUGAGGGCUCUGAGCCUGAACAGGACGAGCGAGGCUACAAUUUUGCAGAAGGUCAAGAUCUUCUCGAAGGCGGCGCUCGCUACGACCAGCUCACUACCAUCUCGGAGAGGACCGAGUAUGAAACGAGGUGGGGAUUGGCUACACCUGCUAAGAGUCGUGUGGGGAGUGUGCCCGAGGAGUCUGAAGAGGAGCCGGAAGAGCCGGAGCAACGCCUUGCUCCUCCACGAAGCACCGCCACCGAUGAACGGUCAUUCACCUCUGAGGAAAGCAGUCAGGAUCAAGCUUCUCGCAGUCAAUAUGGUGGUCAAGCUCAGUUCUCUCUCAGCCCGGGCUACACCAUUGAGAAGCGUGACGAACGGACAGGUAGCUGGCAAGACUCUGCCGAGCCUGUCCCUGCUCCGACGGCUCUAGUCACGACUGCGCCCAAUCCUGCCUGCCCAACAGACCCUGAGGUCAUCGAGCUUGUUCUGACUGCGCUGGCUCUGCCCAUCGAGUCUUCACCUGACUACAGAGAUUGCACUUCUCGCUCGGCCCAGCAGCUUCCUGCACUGAAGAAGCGCGCCAAGGCACAGUCGCGAAAGUCGGUCGGCAACUCUUCCUUUGUUGGCUCAAAAGACUGGGAGCUCGAAGUGGACAAUGUCGUCUUUUCGGUCAGGGAGAUGCUGGGUGAGGGUGCAUACGGAUCGGUCUUCCUUGCUGAAGAUGUCGAGAACAAGACCCCAUCCAGCAGCAGAUCGAAGCAAGGCAUGACCCUCGGUGGUAUUACUGGCGACUCUUCCUUCACCAAUGAAGCCGAUGAACAGGACGACGAGGAUGAGGAGGAAGAUGAGGACGAGGCUGAGCGUAGGAGGAUGGUGGCCAUCAAGGUCGAGUCGCCCCCUAACCGAUGGGAAUUCUAUGUCCUUGGCCAGCUGAGAGCCAGACUAGAGGCCCGUGCGCUGCAGAGCAUCAUCAGUGCUCGACGCUUCUACGCCUUCCAGGACGAGAGCUACCUCAUCCUGGAGUGGGGCGAGAAGGGUACUUUGCUCGAACUUGUCAAUCAGGCUUCCGCUGCCGGGGUUGCUCCCACUGCCGCACUCGGUGCGCCCGCUGCCGUGGGUUCCAAUGGUGUAGAGGAAGUCUUGGCCAUGUUCUUCACCAUCGAGCUACUCCGCCUCGUCGAGUCUCUCCACGCUGCCAAAUUGCUACAUGGCGAUCUGAAGAUCGACAAUGUCCUGCUGCGUCUGGAGGAGCCAGCAGCAGGUACGACCUGGUCCAACACCUACUCUCGAGACGGCUCAAGUGGUUGGAGCUCCAAGGGUGUUCACCUCCUCGACUUCGGUCGAGCUAUCGACCUCUCUGUCUUCCCUUCCUCGCAGACUUUCAUUGCCGACUGGGAGACGGAUGCACGAGAUUGUGCCGAGAUGCGCGAAGGUCGACCUUGGACUCACCAAGUAGACUACUUUGGCGUAGCGAGCGUGGCGUACUGUCUCCUCUUUGGGAAAUACAUCGAGACGACCUGGGUCGUAGAGCCUGGCAGUGGAAGUAGGAGACAAAAGGUGGUGGGAAGCUGGAAGAGGUGGUGGCAGGGAGAGCUAUGGACGAAGUUGUUCGAGGUGUUGCUCAACCCUAAGCUGGCUGCUGGAGCAGGAGGACAGAUGCCUAUCCCUGAACAGGUAGGAGCAGUUAGGGCAGAGAUGGAGGACUGGCUCGAGGCAAACUGUCUCAAAGGUGGCAAGAACCUCAAGGGACUGCUCAAGAAACUUGAGAUUUGGUCUAUGAAGCGAAGACCUUGAUCCACCCUCUUCCACGCUUUCAUUUGCUUCUUUCGUUUUCUUCCUUUCAUCUCUUUCCUCCUUUGCUCUCGACUGCUUUGCAGCGUCGCACAAUCUAUACCCCAACAUGGUCUCUUCUUCGUUUAGCAUGUCCUGAUCACUCCUACGCUUCCCCUUUUCUGCAUCUCCCUCAUAUAAAGUCUAUUGAAUCCAUUGACAAGUCCUACAAAGAAGAGCGUGGCCGAUCUAGUCUAAUCUCUCUUUUUGCCCUUCCUUC